UGUAGAUGUGCAUAAUCAGUAUGAAGAAUCAGCUGUAGAUGUGCAUAAUCAAUAUGAAGAAUCAGCUGUAGAUGUGCAUAACCAACAUGAAGAAUCAGCUGUAGAAGUGUAUAAGCAACAUGAAGAAUCAGCUGUAGAUGUGCAUAACCAACAUGAAGAAUCAGCUGUAGAUGUGCAUAACCAACACGAAGAAUCAGCUGUAGAUGUGCAUAACCAACACGAAGAAUCAGCUGUGCCAAUAAAAGUAAAUAUUUUCUCAAAUGAUGAGGCUCCCCUUGUUAAAAAAGCUGAUCUUUCUGAAAACAAUGAGCUUUACUUUGAGAAAUCCACAAUGCAGCCUCAUUUUAAUGCCAUUACUGCUGAUUAUGAGUUACCAAAACUGACAGCUGAUGAUAGUGGUAGAGAAGCCUGUAGAAUUGAAAGUAUACACAAUCUUCCUGAAAAUAAUACAGGUAUUCAGCUUGAUAAACCACUUACUCAAGAAAUACCAGAACUUCCUGAAGGAAGUAACGUAGACCUCAGUACAAUAAGUGCUACCUUCAUUACAACAGGUUUAACUGAAAAUGACAUACCAAAUAAUUUGGAUAGUGAUACAGAGUUACAAAAAGCAGACAGCUGCACACCUCACAAUGACAGCAUUGAGAACAAAGAUUUAUUUACAUUUAGCUGUGAUAUGAAACAAGUGGAAGUUUAUAAAGAGCAAGCAGAAAAGGUGGAUGAAAUAAAAAUUAAUGAUCAUUCAGAAUAUCUGUCAGAUGUAAGUCAAAAUAGGGAAGACCUGAUUUCAGGCAAUGGUAAUCAACAAGAAACAUACUGCAGCUCUGAUACCACAUCAGUUCCUCAAGACAAAGAGAAGGGCGUACUGCCAAAAAGUGACAUUGAUAAGACAUCAAAUCAACAUGAAGAAACAUCUGGUUCACAGAUUAUUACAAAAACUAGUGACCUGGAUGAGAAUUAUUUGGGCCAAAACACAGACACUGAGCAGCCUGAAGCAAACAAAGCUGAAGAUGAUGAAGUUGUAAAACUGCAGAUGGUUGACAGAAUGAAAUCUGACUUGGACAGUUCUGGAGAACUUAUGGUAUUACAAGGUGAAUCUGAAGGUGUACAUAGCAGCAUUAAAAAUCAGAAUGAAGAUGUUAUUGGUAGUGCAUGCCUGUCGCUGGAAAGUGUUACAGAAAAUUAUUUAGAGACUGAAUCUUCAGACAGUAUUGCAGCAUUUCAGCAUGCAGACUCCAUAAAGCCCCCAGAGAAUAGCUUUGAUACAAGUCAGGACCAUACAGUUGAAGAGUUGAAUUCAGAAGAUGUGAAAGAGAAAGAGAUGGAAAACAAGAUGGUUAAUAACAGUGACGUAAUCAACAUCAAAGAAAAUGUGUAUCUCCUACCAGAUGUUGAAAUGAAUCUCUCCAGCCCUGCUAUUCCAAUUAAGUGUCAGGAUAAUGAAAGGGAUGAGACUUGUAAUGACAUUCAGGUUAAAGACACUUAUACCUCUGCUGCUGAUGAACCUGCCGAAUUACAUAACCUGAGACAACGUUCCAUCUCUGAUUUAAUCCAAAAGGACGAUGAAUCACAAGGAAGCACAACUGAUGAAUGUGGAAAAAUACAACAGACUAAAGCUGAACUAGAGUUAUAUGAACCAGAUAAUUACAGUUUACAGUUGAAGCCAGAAGAUGUAGCAUCACUAAAAUAUGAAGAGAAAUUACAGCUGCCUUGUUUUGCUACAGCUUUAGAAUCUGGAAUAACAAUUACUGAUCAGCACACUAUCAGUGAUGAGGAUUCAGGAAAUUUGGGUAUUCUGAGUAGUAAUUCUACAGGAACGCUAGGAGCACAGCAGUUUCAUGAGGACUUAACUGAAUUAACCAUGGGAAAUGAAUGUCAGAAAAUGGUUGACACUGUCAUCAGUGUAACAACGGAAAGUGAAACAAGACCUUUUGACUUAGUUACUGAGACUGUAGACACUGCAGUACUACUAGCCUCAGGCUCUGUGGAUGAAGAUACUGUUGGUAUGAAAGAAUUUUUGAGGACCUUUCCUCAUCCUGAGGAAUCUGCUGUGGAAGACAAUACUUUAAAAAGAAGUUCCGAAUUUCAUAAGCCGAGUGUUGACUCAUGGGUUAGCAAUGACAUCACAUCAGAAAAGGACUCCUUACAAUUAAGUUACUCUAAUGAGACUAAAGAAAAAAAUGAAACUGAAAAUAAAGCUGUGAAUCUUGAAGAUAACUCAGAAAGCCUUUGUAUUGUGGGAGAAACAAUGUCCAGCACAGCACAACUUACGCCCUAUCUUGCUACUGCAGCUGAUGAGGAGUUUCCCAGAGUGAUCCCUGAUAAGGAAACUGCGAGUAAUUUGUCUGCUUCUGACAUUAAUGCACUGCAGAAUAGUAGCCCAGAAGCCACAGCUAUAUUUCCAGAGGAAGCAGAGUUACCACUGCCAAAAGACGGUUUACUAGAAAUUAACUACCGUAGUUGCACAGUAGAAGUUGAAACAAGUGAUGGAAAUACCACAGAAAACAACACGCUGGCACUUGGAAAUCUAGAGCAAAUUCUUCACCCUGCAACUACUUGUGAAAGCAGUGUUUGUAGCUUGCAAAAUAACCUGUCUGUGAAAGAAGAUCACCUUACAGUUGAUUCUAGCAAGGCCAUCAACAUUUUAAAUGAAACAACAAAACAAAAAGAGGCGGAUGAAUACAGCCAAUUUGAGGGCUCUGUCCCUGAGGUUUUAGAUGAUCUAACUGGUGAACAAAAAGCUGGCUUCUUACAGUCUGACAUAACUUCAGAAACGGAGAUUUUAGAAGUGCUGCCAGCCAGCAGUGGCCAGCAUGAAGAUUCACCUAAUUCACAUGAACUGAUCAACAAAGAAACAUUUUUUCAAGGUGAAGAACAACUAUAUGCUGGACAGCAGGAAAAUGAAAAUCAGCAGGCACUAUCAUCAGUAGGCCAUUGUCAAGAGAGCAGCACCUUGGAGAAGACAAAUGUUUUUAUGAGAUCAGAAUCUACUCUAGUCACCCUAAGUGAAGACAAGCAAAUUCAAAAUACAGAAGCAAAAAGCUCUCUCACAGAAGAAGAAAAGAAGACCUUUACAAUGUCUUCCUCUUUUGAUGAAAUAAAUUUAAAAGUAUCCAAAACUGCCGAGGAGCAGCCAUCAGUUCAAGGGUCUGUCCGAGAUGGAUUAACAUCUGAAAGUGUGUCUUUGCCUGAAGGAUCCGUGGAGCUAAUCUUUCCCUUCUCUCAGAUCCCUGUGGAUGUAGCAUCUCCAGCAGCUAGUGAUUUUGAGAAACAGAAAGCUGAGGUUGAAAAGGUUGUUGAGUUACACAGCUCCAUCACAAGGAGUUCAGACUCAGAGGGAGCAUUUGAAACACCAGAAUCAACAACCCCAGUGAAGACUUCUCCACCACCAACACGUCCUCUGACACCCCCACCACCACUUCUUCAGGCUGCAACAGAGCAGGAAUUCCAAGCUGAUGCUGAUCUGCAGGUAGAGGAGACAGCAUUUCCAGAAGAAAUACACGUCAGCCAUUCUAUCAAAGAGGUUGCACAGACUAGUGUUGAAACAGUUGAAUCCCACAGUAAGCCACCUGUUGAAGAAGAAGAUGUUCAACUAAAAUCUCCGUCACGUUCACUUUCUGUUGUUUUUGACGAGGACAAACCAAUAGCCAGUAGUGGAAGCUAUAAUUUGGACUUUGAAAAUAUUGACGUAUUUCAUCCUUUGCCUGGCUCUCCAACAAGUCCAAGCUCACCAGGAACAGGAGAGCCUGGGUCCAAACAAAAAACACGCAGAAAAUCAACAGACUCUGUUCCUGUUUCUAAAACAACAUUAUCACGAUCCUUAAGUCUGCAAGCUAGUGACUUUGAAGGUGCUUCAUGUGAAGGCAGCCUUGACUCAUCAUCAAAAUCACCAGAAGCCUUUAGUUUAGGAGCAGACAAUGCAUCUGGUACUCUUAAAAAAACAAAAAAGGCAAGGACAGCAUCAGUGAAAAAAAAGCAAGUAGUCAAAAACGUAGCAGAUGUUGCAGAUAUAAGCUUGAAUGUACAGGAUACGGAAUGUCCAGAGAUUAAUAAAGAUGUAACAGCUAAAGAACUUGUAGCAGAAACUGAAUGUAUGACUGUUGUAAGUACUGCACCCUUAGAACCACCGCAAGAGCAACGUGAAUCUGCACUUACAUCUCAUGCGUCUUACAGCUUUGAUCUGGAAAGCUGUGAAAGAACCGAUCCUUUUGUCAGUGUGAGCACAAGGGUGCUGAGUAGCCCACCUGGCACCAGGAAAGGCCUUUCCUUCAUAGCCGCACCAGAAACUACACAAGAGGUACCAUCAGAAGACACAAGGGAGGAGCCUCUCCCAACCAGAGGCCAGGCCUUGAGACUGGAAUUUGAUUAUUCAGAGGAUAAACCUGAGGGACAACAAGACAAAACACCUCCUCCAAAAAAACUUGGUAAGAAGCCAGGUGCCAAAAUGCCACUACGGAAGCCAAAGAUAGGAAGUAAAAAGCCUGUGGAUAAAUUAGAUAAUGCGCCUUCAUCACUUGUUCAUUCACAGAUUGAUGUAGAUGACAUUCCUUUGCCAAAAGUUUCUUAUGCUUUUGACCCAAAUCAUUGGGAAGAUCCAAAUUUUAAUCCAUUUUCUUCAGGAAAUAAGUUGCCCAGCUCUCCAAAACUGACUCGUCAGACAUAUGAUUAUGGCCAAUAUGACUGUGAUGAUUCCAUUGAUCCUUUCAAAUCAUCCACCAAGCUAGCUACUUCUCCUCCUCCCCAGUCCACAGCCUCAUUUGAGUUUUCAGCAAAUGACAAUGAAACAAAUGGAGCAGAUAAUGAGAAUUUAAAUAAAUCUUCAAAAAAGAAAAAAACACCUAUAAAGACGAUGGUAGAAGGUGUGGUAGAAGAUGUGAUGUCUGUGUGCUCUCUGUUUAAUACAUUUAGGGUUAAGAAGUCUCCAAAACGAUCAGAUGUAUCCAGUUCACCCUCGCAGGAUUCAACUCCUCUGUCAACUCCAGACUCGCCACCUGUCAUAACUACAGUGGAUCAUGCAACAGACGAGGAGAAACUUGCAUCUUCGGUCACCAGUCACCAGUGGUCUAAUAUGACAAUGGACCAUGAUGCUGAUAAACAAGAUUACUCUCAGAUGUCAGACAUGACACCCUUCAUAAAAGAGAAUCAUUUCAAUUCAGAAUCAGAUGUUGUUCUUUAUGGCCCAGCAGAUGAAAUAGAGUACAUGGAUAAAAUAGGCUCGCAAUCUCUAAAUGAAAAUGUCCAGAAGAAACAAUCCUUACAUUUGACAUUUGAGCCGUUAAGUGACAGUCCGUUGAAAUCACCCACAAAAUCUCCAGUGAAGUUAUCAGAAUCACCAACUCCUUGCUCUGGGUCAAGUUUUGAUGAAAUAGAUCCACAGCAGCUGCCACCAAUGAAAACCCAGCACUUAUCUUCACGGAUAUUGUCUUCCAGUCAAGACAUAUACUCACUGUCACCUGAGCAAUCACGAACAAAGGAUGUAGAUGAAGUAGUUACAGACAGACCUGAGCUGAUAUCACCCGAAGAACACAUUACUAGUGUUGAUGCUUUGCUCACUAGGAUAUCGCGACAACCUCCAAUGAGUGAUAAUGUUCAGUACCUAGACCCUGAAUUAGCAGAAAAAAAUCCUCGAGUAUUUGCCCAAAUACUGCAGGAAGAGUUAGAGUUUGCUGCAAUGAGGAUAGAAGCCCUGACGCUAGCAAAGCAGAUUACCCAGAAUUCCCUGUUGUGCUCCUUAGAUAAUGAGCAAAGGGAGGGGUCUGCUCCAAAUGAUGUCUCCAUCUCUAAAAGUGCACUUUACUCUCGAUCUGGAAUCAGUGAAUUGGUAGAUAUAGAUGGCUAUCCUUACAGCCAAAAUGAUUUGGAUUCUGAACUGAGAAAGGCCCGAGAAGAGAUUGUCACGAAGGAGAGAGAAGUUACAGAAUGGAAGAGAAAAUAUGAAGAAAGUAGACAGGAAGUGGUAGAAAUGAGGAGAAUUGUGGCCGAGUAUGAAAAAACGAUAGCGCAGAUGAUAGUCGUGCCUGAGGAUGAGCAGAGAGAAAAGGUUGCAUCCCGUCAUACUGUUGAUCAACUGGUCAUGGAGAAGGAACAGGCUUUAGCAGAUCUGAAUUCUGUAGAAAAGUCAUUGGCAGACCUCUUCAGAAGAUAUGAAAAGAUGAAAGAUGUAUUAGAUGGAUUUCGAAAGAAUAAAGAGAUUGAAGAGUUAACAAAGAUCUGUGAUGAACUUAUUGCCAAAAUGGGGAAAAGUUAAUUUUCAACAAAGUUUGGACAUCAUCAAAAAUGAGUGCAAUAUGGCCUCUGGCACAUUAAUGCCUGCAGUGUUAAUGUGGGCAAAACAAGCUGUCACUGUUUUCUUAUGCACUACUGGAUUUUCUUUCUAUGUCAGAGUGGUUGCUGUAUGUAGUACUUAAAGGACUGUGGAAAGUUCUUGCUACUACCUGCAUUUCUACUAGCAUAGAACAUAGCAAGUUCACCUCAAAGUUCCUGUAUCAGGGAGAUUGAAAAAUCCUCAGAUCGCAUACUACUGAUUGUAGAUGUUUUCUUUGUAAAUGAGUUCCUAUGUUAGCUGUUUUCUGGCGAUAUUAUUGUACAUUUCUGCAUGGGGGCUCCUGCUAAUGUUAAUUAAAGCCUUAAACAUGUGCAACUCCAAUCUGCAUUUGAUGAUUUGUAAAGAAUGCAUGUUUCCUAAAUAGAAUUGUCUAUAUUGUAAAUAAAAAAAGGUUUGGUUGAAAUAAUAAAAUUAAA